AUGGCAAAGAGGACUGUGUCACUGCUGCAACUACUGGUCUUGGUGUAUGGGGUUUAUGUUCCAGCUUCAGCACAAGUCUGCAGACGGCUUGGUCAGCCUGUCCUCCCUCUACUUUCUGCACAAAAAUAUAUCAAUAUUGGGGCAGUUUUGUCAUUCCACAGAAGUGCUCUGUUAAAGAUGCAUAACUUCACUUCCAAACCAGAACCAACAACAUGUGGCAGCUUCAACUUGCGUGGGUUUAAAUUUGCUCAGACACUGAUUUUUGCUAUUGAGGAGAUAAAUAAUAGCACACACCUGUUACCUGGUGUUUCUUUGGGCUAUAAUAUAUAUGAUUCCUGUAGCUCUAUAGCUCAAACUAUUCUUUCAAGCAUGUCUUUGAUGAAUGGUUAUAAACAGACUUUGAGUGAUACAUCCUGCUCUAGACCACCAGCUGUUUAUGCCAUUAUUGGAGAGUCAAACUCCUCUCCCACCAUAGCACUGGCUUCAGUAGUUGGUCCUUUCAGCAUACCUGUUAUCAGUCAUUUUGCCACAUGUGCUUGCUUGAGUGACAGAAAAAGAUAUCCAUCCUUCUUCAGAACAAUCCCCAGUGAUUAUUACCAAAGCAGAGCACUGGCUCAGCUUGUAAAGCACUUUGGCUGGACUUGGGUCGGGACGGUCAGGAGUCGUGGAGACUAUGGUAAUAACGGCAUUGCAGCAUUUGAGGAGGCUGCAAAACAAGAGGGGGUUUGUAUUGAAUAUUCAGUGGCCAUAUUAAGCACUGAUCCAAAAGAGCAGUUUCUGAAGACACUAGAAGUGAUAAAGAAGGGUACCGCCAGGGUGGUGGUGGCUUUUGUUGCAUUAGGAGAUUUUAUUCCCCUCCUGAAAGUAAUGGUGCAACACAACAUCACAGGGCUGCAGUGGGUUGGGAGUGAAUCCUGGAUCACUUCUCGAACUCUUGCAGAAACAAAGGAGUACAGUUUUCUUUCUGGAGCUUUGGGUUUUGCAAUAGCAAAUGCCAAACUUAUGGGCCUGCGAGAGUUCCUAGUGAAUGUGCACCCUGACCAAGAACCAAACAAUGACAUUUUAAAAGAAUUCUGGGAAACAACUUUUCAGUGCUCUUUCAGGACCACUGAUAGUGGUGCCUGUACUGGCUCAGAAAAACUGGCAGAGCUGCAAAAUGAAUAUACUGAUGUAUCUGAGCUACGAAUAGCAAAUAAAGUGUACACUGCAGUGUAUGCUGUUGCACAUACACUACAUAACGUAUUAAAGGACUUGAAAUCCUCCACCAACAGUAGCACAAAAGAACAACCCACACCACAAAAGAUGUUGGCGUAUAUGAGGGAUGUGAGAUUCACUGUUAAAACAGGUGAAGAAAUUGUAUUUGAUGCAAGUGGUGAUCCAGUGGCGAGAUAUGACCUGGUGAACUGGCAGCCUGCUGGAAAUGUAGGUCUGCAGUUUGAGCAUGUGGGAGUGUAUGACAGCUCACUGUCUUCAGAACAACGUCUUCAGGUCAAUCAGGAACGUGUCUUAUGGGCAAGAAACAUUGGACAGUUGCCUGUGUCUGUGUGCAGUGAGAGCUGCCCCCUUGGCACUAGGAAGGCUGUGCUAAAAGGACAACCUAUCUGCUGUUAUGACUGCAUUCCAUGUGCAGAGGGAGAAAUCAACAAUGCAACUGAUUCUAAUGACUGUUUUCCUUGUGAUUUGGAGUACUGGUCGAAUGAAAGCAAAGACAAAUGUGUAUUAAAAGUCGUUGAAUUUCUUUCCUAUACAGAAAUCAUGGGGAUGGUGCUUUGUAUUUUCUCCUUCUUUGGGGUGUUAUUAACAGCAAUAGUAUCUUUUCUGUUUUAUCUUCAUAAAGAAACACCUAUUGUCAGAGCAAACAACUCAGAGCUGAGCUUCUUGUUGCUCUUCUCGCUCUCACUGUGUUUUCUCUGUUCACUUACUUUCAUUGGUCGGCCCACUGAGUGGUCCUGUAUGUUACGUCACACAGCAUUUGGGAUCACUUUUGUCCUCUGUAUCUCCUGUGUUCUUGGGAAAACAAUAGUAGUCUUAAUGGCUUUCAGGGCUACACUUCCAGGAAGUAAUGUCAUGAGAUGGUUUGGGCCUCUUCAACAGAGACUCAGUGUUGUUUCCUUAACGUUAAUACAGGUGAUUAUCUGUGUACUUUGGUUAACAACAUCCCCCCCUUUCCCAUACAUGAAUUUGAGCUAUUACAGAGAAAAGAUCAUCCUUGAAUGUAACUUAGGUUCAGCUGUUGGAUUCUGGGCUGUUCUGGGUUAUACUGGCCUGCUAUCAAUCUUGUGUUUUGUUCUUGCUUUUUUUGCUCGGAAGCUCCCUGAUAACUUCAAUGAAGCCAAGUUCAUUACAUUCAGUAUGCUCAUAUUCUGUGCUGUCUGGCUCACAUUUAUUCCAGCUUAUGUCAGUUCUCCUGGAAAAUUUACUGUAGCUGUACAAAUAUUUGCUAUUUUAGCUUCAAGUUUUGGUUUACUAUUUUGCAUAUUUACACCAAAAUGUUACAUCAUUUUAGUAAAACCAGAUAAAAAUACAAAAAAACAAAUGAUAGGGAAGUCUACAUAA